AUGCGAGUCACGCUCAAAAUCCCUCAGGGCUUCUCCACUCCCCGCAUACCCCAUUGCCGUCCCCGGACCUCCCAAUCCCAAUUCCUGCCUGGCGGAAUUCGGGCAAAUAGCUCAAUUACCCAGACCGGCAACACCCAACAGAGCUCUUCAAGCUCUGGUUCAUCGCCGAAUAAUUCUUUCUGGACUCCGGCGCGAGCAUUUCUUGUCUCCGCAUUUGCUGCGGGGUUGGGUUACAGUUUUGCCUCGUACAACCAGACACCUCGACCGGCGACAAAGGCGCAGUAUGGAUCAUUGAAGGAUUUUGAAAAGGCGAUCGCAGAAUUGAGAGCUAAGCUAGGCGAAGAUGCGGUCAGCACCGAUGAAGGCGACCUUCAAUCACACGGAUAUUCGGAGUGGUCAACUCUCAAUGCCGACCGCCUCCCGGUCGCCAUAGCAUACCCGACAUCGACUGAGCAGGUCUCGGAGAUUGCAAAGGUCUGCAACAAGUACCGAAUGCCCAUGAUCCCGUACUCCGGCGGGUCUAGUUUAGAGGCCAAUUUCUCCGCGCCCUAUGGCGGCAUGACCAUUGAUUUCGCUAUGAUGAAUAAAAUCUUGACGAUUCACGAGGACGAUCUAGAUAUCGUUGUGCAGCCUUCUAUACAGUGGAUGGACUUGAAUGAGCAGAUUAAGGAUACGGGUCUGUUCUUCCCUGUCGACCCAGGCCCAUCCGCCAUGAUUGGUGGUAUGGUUGGCACGAAUUGCAGUGGAACAAAUGCUGUUCGAUACGGAACGAUGAAAGACUGGGUGAUCAAUCUUACCGUUGUUCUUGCCGAUGGCCGAGUGAUCAAGACUCGGAGACGGCCGCGCAAGACAUCCGCUGGGUAUAAUCUUACGGGCAUGUUUGUGGGGUCUGAGGGAACGUUGGGAAUUGUUACGGAGGCCACGUUGAAGCUGGCUCCCAUUCCUGAACAAACCCGAGUUGGGGUUGUGACAUUCCCGACUAUUCGUGACUGUGCUUCUACUGCGAUGCAAUUGAUCAAAAAGGGUAUCUCCGUGCAAUGCAUGGAGAUAUUGGAUGAUGUGCAAAUGGAUGUGAUCAACCGUGCAGGUGGGACUGGGCGCUCGUGGACUGUAGCUCCUACGCUCUUCUUUAAGUUCUCCGGAACUAAGGCCGGUGUCGCUGACAGUGUCAAUCUGACGACGAUACUCGCUAAGAUCAACCAUGCCUCAUCCGUUGAGUUUGCCAAGGAUGAGAAAGAAGCUCAUGACCUUUGGUCGGCACGUAAGCAGUCACUGUGGAGUAUGAUGUCGCUCCGCCCGGAAGGCUCUGAUGUCUGGUCGACGGAUGUCGCUGUGCCUCUAUCCAGAUUACCCGAAAUUAUUGAAAUCUCUAAAAAGGAACUGGUUGAUCUUGGUCUAUUUGCCAGCAUCCUCGGACAUAUCGGCGAUGGAAACUUUCACGCUAGCAUCAUGUUUGACCGUCAAGACCCGGAUCAGAAGGAGCGAGUAGAGAAGGUCGUAUAUGACAUGGUAAAUCGCGCUCUCGAGAUGGAGGGCUCAUGCACGGGUGAACACGGUAUUGGUCUUGGUAAGAAGGGAUCACUGAAAAAGGAACUCGGAGAGGAUACCAUUGAUAUAAUGCGCGGUAUAAAGCGCUCCCUUGACCCGCAUUGGCUCCUGAACCCUGGUAAGAUCUUUGAUUUGGAGAGGGAUUCGUGA